GAGACUCAUAGGUGGAAAAAAAAAGUUGGCUCAAAGAUCUCAAAAAGCAACACAUCAUGUCCUUUUCAUAAACAAGAGAACCCAGAACAACAUCUAAAGAACUACAGGCCUUAUUGGGUUCAGGUCAGAGUAGGGCUGGGCAAUAAAUCCAAAAUUUAUCGUGAUCAAAAUUUCGGACUCUUACUGAGAUAAUUUUUCCCAUGUCUAUAAAUGUGAUAAUAUAAAAAGGAAAAGAUGUGUGUAGGGUGGCCACGUUCGUGUCCCUUUAAGAAGCUGUACCACCUUGAGUCACGUAAAAAAUGUGACUCAAAGUAAUUCACGUGACAGCCCCAUCCAGUGCACAACUUUUGUUUCUGCGCAUGCCUGUAGUUAUCGUUAUCAAGGUGAAAUCCUUAAUUUAUCGUGAUAUUGAUUUUAAGCCUUAUCGCUCAGCCCUAAGUCAGAGGUAGGGUUGCAUUAACCGGUUUAUCCCGGUUAACCCGCUGUAAAGACAUCUCUGUGGGAAUAUAUCCAAAUAUCUAAAAUAUUCCCACACAGUAGACUUCAACCGCUUUCUAGGUGAAAAUGGAGCAGUCGCGAUGCUGACUUUGCUUCUGCUGCGUGCACGCGUUCAAUUUCACUUUUGUCUUUGUCCUUGCGGGUUUCACUAUUUUCUUUUUGUUUUUUUAUUGGCAGUGUUGGAGACGCCUUUAUGGUGGGUUACCCAGGGUUAAUAGUCAAAACGGUUAAUCCCUGCAACCCUAGUCAGAGGUCAGGAUAGAAGAACAUCACACCAGUGUUCAGACAUGGUGGUGGUAGUGUGAUGGUCUGGGGCUACUCUGCUAUGCUUCAGGACCAUCUGCUGUAACUGAUGGAACCAUGAGUGCUGCUUUCCAGCAGAACUUCCUGAAGAAAAAUGUCUGACCUUUGACCUUAAACAGGUCUUUCAUGAUGGAAAACCCUCAGAUGUGGCUGAAUUAAAACUAUUCUGUCAAUAGGAGUGACAAAACUCUCCACAAUGAUGUGAAAGACUCAUUACCACCAGAUACUUUUCCGCAGGUCUGCAAAUGCUAACCUUAAGUUCUCCAGGUGUUUAAGCUGGAGACUAAAGAUAAAGGAGUUCAGGUGUUUUGAGAAGAACAGACUCUGUUUAAAUGGCACCAGUGCCUCACUUCCACACUUGAAGAACAUGAGAACCCAAAUAACCACCUGACAUGACAUGAAGCAGCUGUGUGUGUGUGCUCUGACCUGAUGUCAGCUUAUUUUAGACCAGAAGCAGGUUUUAUGCUACCCAUCAGACUAAUGUGAACUUUGUUCUGUGUCCUGGUCCGAUAAUAUCUCCUCCCGCCCGCCGUCGUCGUCCUCUCCACCAAGCCUGGAUUGGCUCGAUUAGCUCAUGUGGCUGCAGAAGCCGAGCUGAAGGUCCCGUAUGCAGAUGAGCUCCCGUCCCGGCAGGCGCAGCUCUCGGCGCUGCGAGACACCGCGGAGUUUGAUGUUCUGGUUGUUGGAGGAGGAGCCACGGGAGCAGGAUGUGCCUUAGACGCCGUCACACGCAACCUCAAAACGGCGCUCGUAGAACGAAGUGACUUCUCUUCAGGAACCAGCAGCCGGAGCACUAAGCUCCUCCACGGUGGGGUCCGAUACCUCCAGAAGGCCAUCAUGAAAUUAGACUACGAACAGUACAUGAUGGUGAAAGAAGCCCUGCAUGAGCGGGCCAACCUGCUGGAGAUUGCUCCCCACCUGUCGGCGCCGCUACCCAUCAUGCUUCCUGUUUACAAGUGGUGGCAGUUGCCUUAUUACUGGGCAGGAAUCAAGAUGUAUGACUUGGUGGCUGGAAUCCAGUGCCUGAAGAGCAGCUAUGUCCUCACUAAGUCCAAGGCCUUGGAGUAUUUCCCCAUGCUUAAGAAGGACAAGCUGGUAGGAGCCAUCGUCUACUACGAUGGACAGCACAACGACGCCCGUAUGAACCUGGCCAUCGCCCUCUCUGCUGCUCGAUACGGAGCCGCCGUUGCCAACUACACCGAGGUGGUCCACCUUUUAAAGAGGAAGGACCAGCAGAGCGGCAAGGAGAAGGUGUGUGGAGCCCGCUGCAGGGACGUCAUCACAGGGCAGGAGUUCGACGUGAAGGCGAAGUGUGUGAUUAACGCUACCGGCCCCUUCACGGAUUCUCUGAGAAAGAUGGACGAACAGGAAGUAGCGAACAUCUGCCAGCCCAGCGCUGGCGUUCACAUCGUCAUCCCGGGUUACUACAGCCCUGACAACAUGGGGCUCCUUGAUCCAGCGACCAGUGAUGGACGAGUCAUCUUCUUCCUGCCCUGGGAGAACAUGACCAUCGCCGGGACAACCGACAGCCCCACUAACGUGACGGCCCACCCCAUCCCGGGGGAGGACGACAUCAACUUCAUCCUGACGGAGGUCCGCAACUACCUCAGCUCCGAUGUGGAAGUUCGUAGAGGAGACGUUCUGGCUGCGUGGAGCGGCAUCCGUCCUCUGGUGACUGACCCAAACUCUAAAGACACCCAGUCCAUCUGCAGGAACCACAUCGUCAGCAUCAGCGAGAGCGGGCUGGUUACCAUUGCAGGUGGGAAGUGGACCACCUACAGGUCCAUGGCGGAGGAGACUCUGGAUGCAGCCAUCGGAGCUCACAGCCUGACAGCUGAAUCCUGCAGGACUGUGGGUCUGAUGCUGGAGGGGGCAAAGGGCUGGACGCCGACCCUCUACAUCCGCCUGGUGCAGGACUACGGCCUGGAGAAGGAGGUCGCCCAGCAUCUGGCCUCGACGUAUGGCGGAAGAGCGUUUGACGUGGCCAAAAUGGCUCAGGUGACGGGUCAGAGGUGGCCGAUCGUUGGGAAACGGCUGGUGUCUGAGUUCCCGUACAUCGAGGCCGAGGUUCUGUACGCCAUUAAGGAGUAUGCCUGCACUGCCAUUGAUGUCAUCGCUCGGCGAACACGCCUGGGCUUCCUGAACGUUCAGGCGGCAGACGAAGCGCUCCCACGCAUCGUUCAGAUCAUGGGCAAAGAGCUGAACUGGAGUCAGGAGAAAAGAACGGAGGAGCUGGAAGCAGCGAAGAAGUUCCUGUACCAUGAGAUGGGUUACAGGUCUCGUUCCGAGCAGCUUACCAAGACAUCUGAGAUCAACCUCGACUACCAGGAAGUCGUCCGGUACAAGAAGCGCUUCCACAAGUUUGACAAGGAGAAGAAAGGCUUCAUCACCACAGUGGACGUCCAGAGAGUUUUAGAGAGCAUCAACGUCCACAUCGACGAAAAUGCUCUUCACGAAAUCCUUAAUGAGGUGGACCUGAACAAGAACGGACAAGUGGAGAUUGAUGAGUUCCUGCAGCUGAUGAGCGCCGUGAAGAAGGGAAAAGUGUCCGACAGCCGGCUGGCCAUCCUCAUGAAAACAGCCGAAGAGACGCUGGACGAGAGGGGGCCGGUGACGGUGGACCGCAGUGGGGGCGGAGUCUGAGACGUUCGGUUUACAGAUGGAAACACAAAUGGGACUGUUUUGAAUGACAAUGCUGCAAUCAGCGGGAUGAGUUUGUCUAAAUCAAGGACACGCCUCGGUGUGUUUUGGGUGAAAUCGUAUCUAAUGAAACCAGUCAGAGAGGAGAUGUGUCUUGUCUCUGUGGACAACAGCAAGAAAAUGCUUGAAAUUAUGACAUUAUGUUUGCAAAAACACCCCAUAGUUGAACCUGAUCAGCACAGAUUGUUUUGUAUAAUAAUAUUAAUAAUUCAUGUUUAGCUUAGCUUUCGUUCUUUAGUUCACAACCUCCUAAGAACACGAGAAUUUCUACUCAAGAUAUUUUGUUUCUCUAAAAUAUGGAGGCUGUAAGCUGCUGUUAUAAGGAAGCACAGAUUUUAUUUAGCCAUCUAUUUAUUGAAAAGUGCCAUUUUGAUGGUUCAUUUAUUGAGAUUCGGUUGAAUUACUAAAAUGAUUUGAAAAAAGAUUUUUACAUUUUUUAAAUUCAGUAAAAAAUAAUAAUAAAGCUGCUGUCUCUUUAAGGCCCCGGCCCUAAAGCACGCUGUCCUCUGAUUGGUUGACUUCUCUUAGCCUGCAGGGCCACGCCCACAUCCGUCAGCUGCUCUCAGUUCAGAAAUAAUUUACUUUUACGCAAAUUUAUGAAACAAAAAAGAAAUCAUGUCUAGCACAAUAGUUUAGUUAUCAGAAUGAUUAAUUUGAGUAGAUCAGUUUAUCUGUUUUUGUAAACCACAAAAUUUUAUUUGUAAAGAAAGCUUAAAAGAAUACACAAACAUUUGUGACCAAGACAUUUUAAAAGGCUCAGCUGAUGCGUGGGUUAUUUAUAUUUUUAACUAUUUCUUUGCACUCCCUGCAAGCUGCCACCAACUCUGAUGUUUACAGGAUGUUCCAGCUUUAUUCUCCUGAUCAUGUAUUUAUUUUCUUUUACUCCUUUUCUCACUAUGGCUACUUUUUGUUCACUCAUAACGAUUUUAUUUAAAUUUAAUAUAAACUAAAUAAUUUUAAAGAAAGCAGGUAUUUUAAUGAGCACAUAAAACUAAAUAAAUUGAGUAUUUUUAUGCUUUCUCAUACGAAUGUUUAUCUACUUGUGUGCCUUCAGUUUGUCUCAUGAAAAUAAAAAUGUUUCUAAGGUAAAACUGUUUAUUAAAUAAAAUGUUUAAACUUUAUUCUGCAUCAAGUUUGUGCAAAAAUGGGUUUGUUAAAAUGUUGGAGGAAAUGAUGGUUUUACUGCUUAUUAUAAUUAUUUGAUUUCUAUGUUUUAGUAUAAAUUGAUUUUAAAUAUAAUUUUUGAGUGUUUUAUGUGGAUAAAAUGUGUUUAUUGCUGCAUUAUAUAAAACAAACUUUUCUAAUCCAAA